GAUGAUGAUGAUGAUGAUGAUGAUGAUGAUGAUGAUGAUGAUGAUGAUGAUGAUGAUGAUGAUGAUGAUGAUGACGAUGAUGAUGAUGAUGAUGAUGAUGAUGAUGAUGAUGAUGAUGAUGAUGAUGAUGAUGAUGAUGAUGAUAUUAUAGGCUCCAAGAGAACCUAUAUAUGCUUAAAAUUGGAUAAAGCAUUGGAGAUAUUUGAUCUAAGAGAUGGGAAGUUCUUUAUAGAACCCAAAAAUAACAAUUGUGGCUUUUCUUCUGACAAAAAUAGUUUACCUGGUGAAUUAACAGAUGAAGAAAAUUGUUAUGAACAUCAUGCCACUCAACAAUUACCAACUGAGUCUGAUCUGAAAUCAUUUCGUUCAAAUGUUCAGGCAUUUCAAAUGCUGUUGCUUUGGGAAAAGGAAAAAGGAAAAGAUGCUACUAGAAAAAAAUUGGCAGACGCCUUAAUCAGCAUAGGUCGUUCGGAUCUUUCAGAGAAAGUUUUACGAGAAGAAAAAGAAAGCAAGAACAACGACAUCCAAAGACAAGCAACAGAAAUAAAGUCUGAUGAUCCUGCUGAUGCUAAAUCUCCUUCAAAUUUACCUGUUCACACGGAGAAUAAAGAAGAAAUUAACCAAAUUCUGCUAGAGAUUGUUGAAGAAAUUCCUAAUAAAUGGAAGAAUUUGGCAAUAUUUCUGAACAUCAAAGAUGCAAAAAUAAAGGAAAUUGAAUUAAAUCAUCGCAAAGUGGUCUGGCAAGGGUUUGAAAUGCUAAAGUUUUGGUUUGAAUCACGAGAAAAUAAGCAGUUGUGGUACAAAGAACUUGCCGCUGCCCUUCGCAAGAUCGAGAAAAAUAAUUUGGCUGAAGGCGUUCUCCAUAAAGGUACGACUUUAAACAAGCUUGGCGAUGUGCACCAUCGUACUAAAGAAUUUGACAAAGCAAAAGAAUUUCACGAAAAAGCGUUGGAAAUUCAACAAAAAUCACUAGCUCUUGAACAUGUUGAUGUAGCUAUGACUUUAAACAUUCUUGGUAAUGUUUAUUAUGAUACCAACAAAUAUGCCAAAGCCAAAGAGUGUUAUAAAAAAGCGUUAAAAUUUCGACAAAAAUUACAAGGUCCUGAACAUGUUGAUGGAGCUACGAUUUUAAACAAUCUUGGUAAUGUGUAUUAUGAAACCAACAAAUAUGCCAAAGCCAAAGAGUGUUAUGAAAAAGCGCUGGAAGUUCGACAAAAAUCACUAGGUUCUGAACAUGUUGACGUGGCUACCACUUUAAGCAUUCUUGGUAAUAUGUAUUAUAGGACAAACAAAUAUGCCAAAGCCAAAAAUUGUUAUGAAAAAGCGUUAAAAAUUCGGCAAAAAUCACUAGGUCCUGAACAUGUUGAUGUAGCUACGACUUUAAACAAUCUUGGUAAUGUAUAUCAUUCUACUAAAGAAUAUGACAAAGCAAAAGAAUUUUAUGAAAAAGCGCAGGCAAUUCGAAAAAAAUCAGCUGCAUCGGAUCAUGUUGUUGUUACUGAAUCUUCAAACUGUAUUGAAAUAAAUUCUGAUGAUACUGCUGAUGCCAAAUCCCCUUCAAAUUUACCCUUUCAUACGGAGAAAGUAGAAGAAAUUAACCAAAUUCUGCUAGAACUUGCCCAAGAAAUUCCUGACAAAUGGAAGAAUUUGGCAAUAUUUCUGAAUGUCAGAGAUGUGAAAAUAAAAGAAUUUGACAUAAAUAAUUAUAAAGUGGUCUGGAAAGGGUUUGAAAUGCUAAAAUUUUGGUUUGAAUCACGAGAAAAUAAGCAGUUGUGGUACGAAGAACUUGCCGAUGCUUUUCGCAAGAUUAAGAAAAAUAAUUUGGCUAAAGACGUUGUUCAUAAAGGUGCAAAUGUUGCUAAAUAUUGUUAAACUGAAAUGAAAAGAUCAUUUGUCUAUUUUUUAUAAUCGCCAUUUUCAUGUAAAACUCAGAAGCCAACAUUGGAUUGGUUAUAUUGAUUUACGUUUUAAUAACAUACAUGAAAGAAUUUCUCGGUUCCCAUUGGUAAAUCAAAAACCAUGCAAUUUAUUGCAAAUACCAGAGGAAAAAAAAGAGAAACACGGUGCAGAAAAAAGGAAGUACAGUGCAAUUUUUUGUAAAAAAAAUUUGCUCCUGAUUGGUUAAUCAAACAAAGGAGUGAUCUAAGAGCCAUUAAAAAAAACAUUUCAAAGUCGUGAAAAUUAAAUUAAAUUAAGCAAAGCAAAUGCAAUGUCUGAAGCAAGUUUAAGUAAAUUUUCUUUAGUGAACGAGCUUACACUUCAUUAUUUGCAAGAUGUGUUUGGAAAAAAAAUAAGAACACUGUCAAAAGUAGUUACCUUGUUCUAGCUGCGUGUGUGAAAGCUAUGGUGUUAUUAAAAGUAAUAUCCAAUGGAAUUGUAAUAUACGAGCCAGCCAGAAUUGAGAAAUUUUUUCAUGUAUAUUAAGCCCUUAUUAACUGAGCUCGAGAUCUUUUUGGGAAAUAUCGGACCGUGGUCUUUUUGCACCCACCGAGCCUGUAGUAUAGUAAAGAUCGUUAAAGUGAAGUAAUUAAAAUAUAUAUUAUAUACGGCAUAAUUCGAACUGAAGAAAAGCUUGCUUUCUUUCUCUUCCCUGCUAUUUUUAAGGGUUGGCUUUCACUUUUCUAGUUUUUGUCUUUAAAAAUAUAUCAUUUUUUAAUCUUGUAUCGUCUGCAUAAUUAAACUCUUUUCCGAGA